AUGCUGUCCACUGACAGAGUCCAGUCUUUGCUCGUCGUUCAUGACCACACGCCACCACUACAAAACAGUGCUCGCCCUCGACAGCCAUCUGGACCGCCUGUGAUGUUGGUCUGGGCACCCCAGCCGCAGCCGUCAGAGUCGACGUGGCCGAAGACGUUAGACUCGCUCUCGAGAGUUGUUGAGAAGGACAUUCAGCAACAGUCUUUGAGCUCGAUGCCGAUUACGUCCCGAACGGUACCGAUGAUCACUCGGGAGGACACUUUUAGACCUGCACCUAGUGUAUGGACGACGAAGGGGGUCGGUGCCAUUGGGGAUGGACGAAAAAAGAACAGUCUGGGCGACUUUGACGAUUCUCACGUCGAGCGGCUGCUUCGUACUCUGAAUCUCAACUCACCUACCCGUUCGUUCAGCAAAAGCCUACCCUCAAUCUCAACUUCGAGACGGAAGCGCCAGGAUCCCUAGGUUUUUCCCCUGCAU